AUGGCCUGUAAUAUAUACUAAACUAGGUUUUCGCCUUCUUCGCACCACCAUUUUUUCUCGUAAUUUUAGUUCUUCACCGCUCGCAGCUCGCUGCCGUUUCCUCUCUACUCUUCAGAUGGCGCCGAAGAAGGAUAAGGCCCCCCCUCCAUCAUCCAAGCCAGCAAAAUCUGGCGGUGGCAAGCAGAAGAAGAAGAAGUGGAGCAAGGGAAAGCAAAAAGAGAAGGUAAAUAAUAUGGUGCUUUUCGAUAAGGCGACGUACGACAAGCUGCUCUCUGAAGCUCCCAAAUACAAGCUCAUCACCCCUUCUGUACUAUCCGAUCGUCUAAGGAUUAGUGGAUCACUUGCAAGGAAGACAAUCAGAGAAUUGAUGGCUAGAGGUUUGAUCAGAAUGGUGUCAGCUCAUUCAAGCCAACAGAUAUAUACUAGGGCAACCAACACUUAGGUGUUCCAUUUUUUUGCGUAAGAGAGUUCGAUACAAAUUUUGUUGUUGAGACUUGCAUUGCAUUUCCUUGAUCUUAAAUAUUACGAGUGCAAGAUAUUAGCAUUCCAAUCAAGUUGCUGAGUUUGUCACUUUUACCUAUUGAUUAUUGACUAAACUUCGUUGGCAGUUUUUCUUCCAAUAAUUUCAUCAAUGUUCUGGUUAUCUAAAAAUGGUCGUGGGCUUGUGAAAGUUUCUGAAUAGAACAUCUGUUGAAAUGUGAA